GAUUUGAUUACAUUAAUCUGGGUGUGAGAUAGCAGCAGAUAGCAUCAGCCUCUCUCUGUGUGUUUAACAGUUUAUCAUCAUUAUCAUCACUCAGUAACUAAGACGACGAGCCCGUUGCCAUAGUGUUGCCAUAGGUGACACGUUACGUUACGCAAUGAACGGAGUGACUUCCUCGCAGCUAAAACAAGCUUAGCUUUUAGCUCAGUUAGCUCAGUGAAACACACUCUGUGGGUUUCUCUCCGUGGAGAAGUGGGGACUGCUUGGUGUUUACGUGUUCAUUAGAGUCUCAGCUACAAUUCGGCUUUGUUUCUUUACUUUAAAAUGGCUUUAGUAACCGCGUUAAGACGAUUAACUCACGUUAGGUUAGGAGAGUUUUCGUGGAGGACGGCGGCUGCGAGGUUAACGUCUGGAGCCUGGUUGACCGGACAGAGGAGCUUCACCACCGGCACACAGCCUCUAAGGUCAGACAACAAGGUGACGGUCCACUUCAUCAACAGAGACGGGGAGAAGAUCUCAGUGAAGGCAUCGCCUGGAGACUCACUGCUAGAUAUUGUCAUUAAUGAAGACCUCGACUUUGAUGGCUUUGGGGCGUGUGAGGGAACCCUGGCGUGCUCCACGUGCCAUCUGAUCUUUGACGAGGACGUCUACAAGACUCUGGGGCCGGUCACAGACGAGGAGAUGGACAUGCUAGAUUUAGCCUACGGCUUGACUGACACAUCUCGUCUGGGUUGCCAGAUCUGUCUGACGAAGUCUCUGGAGGGCAUGGUGGCCAGGGUCCCAGAGAGCGUAGCCGACAUCCGACAGAGCAAAGACGGAUCCUCUUAACCUGCGGCCGGGAAACGUGGACGUCGACAGCGUGACUGUGCCCGGUUAGCACUGAGGGGUAUGUGCACAGGGCUCGACGGUGGGUGUUAAUCCGUCAGCACUGCUGUAUCUGCACAGUUCCUCCUUUUUUUUAAAACUUCCUAGUCACAGCCAACUAGAGCCGGGAUGUAAGAAUACAGGAUUUGGACUCAGAAAUAAAGACAAAACAUUGUUUUUAUCGAAAGUAAACAUUUACACACUGGGAUUUUUAGAGUUAAACUGUAAACUCUAUAACCAUUAGCUGCCCUAGUGUAAGGUAUUACGACAAACUCUAAGCUAAGACAAAUCAUAUCGUAUAAAUAAUCCGUCCUGAUUUAAGGUUUGUCCAUUUUAAUCUGAAAAACUUUUAUUAGUCUCUAUGGCGGACACACGAGCAUCAGUUUGCAGCAGCAUUUUGGCUCAGAUAGUCAGUUAUUUAAACCACCCGUCACUGCGAUACACCUCUAGUCUGCGGCUGUGCCUUUGAAUAUCGAAGAUGUUUCCUCGUAAAUAUGACUAAAUUUAGUAAUGUUGUGUAAACUCAGUCAUAUUCACUGAACAAGGUAAAGCUGAAAAGCUGAUUGCAGCCUGUGAACCGAUGCAACUAACAGUUCUCUACGCCUUAGAGAUUGCGCUGAUGCAUAUUGUAUUUUAUUCUACACAUACUGUUUGAUCAGAGCCUUCAUGUAACCAUAUAAUUCCAUCAUGUGAUUGUACAUAGCUAGAACACACACACACACAUAUAUAUCCAUAUGUAUAGAGUGAAAAAUAAUGUAAUAAAAAAAAUCCCCUUUCUAACGG